AUGGCGAAGAAGUCAAAACUCCAGUCACUCUCAGCACGCCGUUCCUCGCCACGUACUCGGUCGGGAGCUGUGCGAGAACCUAUUUCCACACGGGCGGCUAGUUGCUCCAGAUUUGUGCCAAAACCCAAUUCGGACGAGAUUCCCCGCACGCCCUUCUCCUUCAAGUCCAUCACACCCAUCGGCGGAACCCUAAAGUCCGUCUCUUUGUCCGACUGGUGGCUAACUAAGAAGGCCAACGAAAAGGGUUUGGGCGUUGCAGGAUUCGAAUCAAAAGGCGGGCCUGAAGUGAGACUCUUCUCAUCAGCAACAAUCUCAACAAGACAUGACAGUACCACUCUCGAAACAUCUGAUGGCCUCACCGUCUCUAUCAGUGGAUUCAUCAACAGAUCUCGUUCUUUACAAAACGGGCUUUCAUCUGAGGUUUGCAACCGUUUCCUCUUAGGGUUUCCUUAUCACUGGAGAGACUACACUGAAGAAGGGUUCCUGGAGGAGGAGGAGGAGGAAGAUUACGGCGUUUCGUUUGAUGAUAUUCCUGUGAAUAGGUUGCAAGAUGUUCUCUUUACGGCUUCUCCUCGCUUUCAAGCUAAGAUGUUGGAUGAUGCUGUUGACAGUUUGAGAGAUUUACUUCGUUCUACUACUGAGAAACCAGACAAGGAAUGUCGGACACCAAGAAUGGAUGGUGGAGAUGAGGAGAGUUUGGUUUUGAGUGUUGUGGGAGUGAAGACUCGAGGGAUGGUUAGAAGGAGAGAAGAGGGUGAAGCUUCCAUUGGGGAAAGAGUCCUCAGAUCGUCCAAGAAGAAGAGAGAUCAAUAGAGAACUUUCUAUUGAUUUAGCUUUUAGUAAAUAUUAUUUAUUGGAUUGUUUUGUAACAAUGUAGGUAAAGCAAGGGAUGUGAAAUUUCUUAUUUUCGUUUUUGUUAUUUGUCAUCCUAGAAAUGAGGUUGAUCAAAGGAUCCACCAAAAUACUCGGACAAAGACUAUUUCUCUCUUUUUGUCUGAUCAAUGUUUUAUAUUUUGCACAAGCA